CAAUAAUUGUAAACAAAGCGCGGCUGUUAGAAAUAUUGGGACAUACCAAAUUACCUGCAGUAUACAUGUUUAAUUGGAAUUGCAUGUCAUCACAUAGCUAAUUCUAAAUUAAAGAUGAAAUGCGUAAUACCUGGUACACACAUGAAAGUCUUUGGGCGAGCUGUUCACUCUCUGUCUAAAAUAGGGGAAGAGUUGUACAUCGAAGCAUUAGAGCAUGGGCUUGCCCUGAGAACAGUGAACUCUUCAAGGUCUGCAUACGCCUGCUUUCUGUUUACCCCGACAUUUUUCCAACACUACGAUGAUGGAUGUGGUGACGCAUCUUCACAGGACAGGGAUGACACUCUACGGUGUAAAAUAGCCAUGAAGUCAAUAUUGACUGUGUUUCGCUCUCUGGCAACCAUAGAGAAGACAGUUGAGCGAUGCAAGAUACGGCUCAAUAUGAAGGACUCCAGACUGGUGUUUCAACUGUACUGCAGACAUGGUAUUGUGAAAACCCACAACUUGGCAUUCAUUGAGUGUGAAACUCUGCAAGCGGUCUUUGCAAAGGAUAUGUGCCCAAACUCUCUUACAGCUGCAUCCAAGCUCCUUUGUGAUGCUGUGAUGAAUUUUCAGAACACACAGGAGGAGAUCACCCUUAUUGUCAGUCCACAAAAAAUUGUGCUAAAAAAUUAUGUAGAAGAUGAACCAGACCCCAACAAGGUGAUGCACACAAACCUGAGCCUGGAACCAGAGGAGUUUGACAACUGCCAGGUGGGGGUGGACACAGAGGUGACAUUCUGCUUGAAGGAACUCAGGGCAAUUCUGGCCUUCUCAGAAGUAACCACCUUACCUUUGACUCUGACCUUUGAGACAGCAGGCAGACCGAUCGUGUUCACAAUUGAUAGUGACAGCACGUUUGAAGGCAACUUUGUACUUGCUACACUGGCAGACCAGCAGACACAAAGUCAGGCUGCAACACAUGCCAGGACGGCCACACAAAAAAGGCCAGCAGGUAGAGUCGAUACCUCAAAAGCAGCCAAGACAACACAUAACAGAGCAGGGCCUUCAAACACGGACUUGAACCACACCAGGUCUUCUGAACAGACCAAGCGCUCAGAGCAGCUUGCCUCUGCCUAUGAGAUGCUGAACGAUGACACGGACUUUGAUGAGAUGAUACAGAAUGACACGACCCUGCUGGACCAGCCCUCUGUGGAGGCCCUGAGAAUGGCGCCCAGUGUCUGUGAGGAGCGGACCAUGUGCACCAGCGUGAAGCCAGGGUCCAGUGCCCUUGGGGACAACAUGACUGUGGUAUCCCGGGACAACUCUCCCAUUGUGCAGAGCUCUAACAAAAGCGAAGAGAGUCCAGUCAUUCCUGUACCUUUGAUGAAUCUGAGAGUGACACUUGGAGAUGACACAUUGGGGGAGGAUCCAGACGAGGAGGAAGAAGAGGCCAUCCCAGGCACACCUCCAGCAAAACGAUUCCGUUCGCUGUUCUUUGGCAGCUCCCAGGUUAGUCAGACCCAGACGUCUCAGCCAAGUUGUGCUGCCUCCAAGGUAUUGGCAGAGGACACAGAUGAUGAAGACUGACACAUGUUAACUGAGGGCAUACCUGCCUACUUUACACUGGAGUGAAUGGCUCAAAAUUCAUUGAGAUUUAUGAGAAGCAAACUCAGUGUUAUCAGAUUUUAUCUACGGCAAGGAAACUCUUAUUUAAAGUUUUCAAUCAAUUAUGAUAAUUGUUUUUCUUUAGGACCUAUGGGAAAAUGGCCCUUACUUGCCUUGUUGCAUAAUGAUCAAAUUCAAACAUAGCAUCAUAUACAGUAAGCUUGAAAAUCAUUUGACUCCUCUGAUACAACUGUUUAUGAAUUAUUAUAAGUUUGAAAAUCAGAUUCAAUAUCAUUAUUGAUAAUGCUUGCAAUCUUAAUAAAUUUUACUAGAUUAUAUUUAAUUUAUAUUUUUUUUAUUUACAUUAUAAUUAUAUUUAAUGAAAUUAGAAAACCAUGAAAACACCUACAUGAUGUGAAUACUUUUGAGUAAGUAUUUCAUGUUUUGUUGAAGUUUAAUGUUAUGUUAUUGCUUGAAGAUGAAUGCAAUAUUGUAAUGUAUUGUUGAACAUGUAAUGCCAUGUAAUUUCUUUUUUAUGAUGUUAUUUGCAUUUAUUUAUUGUUACAUAUUUGUUUUAAUAAAAUUAUCUCUUGCA